UCCUCAUGGUGGUGGGCUUGUUUCAUACAGAUAUUAUUCUUUCCUCCACGGCAGAUCUACAUCCAUUGCACCAUGGUGGUCUGCUUCAAAAACGACACAGACUCACGAUGCAGUCAGGGAUGCAUCCCCGCAACGCGGCGCAGGCGCGCUGUGUCCGACAUGAGCGAGGCCCGAGUCCGACGCGCGAGCGAAAAUGACCACAUCACGACCCUCAGCCAGGGACCCUUCAAAGUUGAGAAUGCACAAAAAGAAGCCUCUACCCUCCCCACUGCCGGCAUCGCUGUGGGCACAGCUGCGGGGAUAGCCGGAGUCCUCCUGCUAGUUGUGGCUGCCUUCCUGGUGAGAAAGAGACGCAGUCGUCAUGCCAAGGAGCAGGCCGAGGAUCGUGUCGGCUUUGACAACUAUUCGUUUGAGCUUUGGGGGAAGGACAAGGCUGCCAACGUCACCCCUAAACCAGAGUAGUCGUCUCUGGAGUGAACAUUGAAAUGUCAGGAUGAGCAAUUUCUUCGGACCAAAUGUCGCGCCCACUCCCUUUUCAGUUCCUCUCUUUCUCUAUCUAAGUCUCUCUCCCUUAAUUUUUCAAUCUCUCUCUCAAUCUACUUCUCAAUCUAUCCCUUUCUCAAUCUCUCCCUUUCUUAAUCUUUCUUCCCUUUCUCAUUCGCUCUUUAAUACUCUUAUUCUUAAUCUCUCUCGCGUGUAGAUAUAGACACACACGUGCAUACUCUCCUCACUUGUUCUUCCUUCUCAUCCAUACCCAUGUCUCUUUCUUAAUGUUCUUCCUUUGCAAUCUUCUGAAGCUAUUUUUAAUUCUUACGCUCUCUUGAGUGCUAUCAUUUACAAAUUUACAUAGAUGAUCAUGUUAUAAUUAUAAAUAGAUUAGAAAAGCUGACAACAGUUAGAAGCCCACUCAAAUUUUGUUUGCAUGUAAAGACUAACUUGACAAAAUCCCAUAGCGGACAGCACACAAGGUUAAUGCCAUACACUGAGAAAAGUUCAAAUUUUAAAACUAAUCAGAUUUUAAAACAAAGCAAAAAAAUAAACCCAGAUCUUAGUUGCAUUUAAAGACUAAAUUGACAAAAUCAUACAGCAGACAGCACAGAAAGUGUUACCUUUUGCAUAGGGCAAAGUUCAUAUUUUUCAAAGGACUAAACAAAAAAAGACUGAUAUGUGUGUAGUUGUGAUACGGCAUCUUAACAUGUUCAUGAUGAACGCCUUACAAAGGUGCAAAUGGUCCUUGGAUAGAAGGUGGAAAACUGUUGUCAGCUAAACAAAAAAAAUGCCGGUGAAAGGAGCUACAUAUAUAUAAAUGGACUACCACUUCUGCACCCACCGUGUGUCAACGUGUUUUAAUCUGUAAGAGACAAAACCUUAAGAGUUCUGUGGAUAACAUUUUGAAAGGCUUAUCAAACAACUGUGAUCAACAUGGUGGUCGUCAUAUCCGAUAUGAUUUUACAACCGCUACAGUCAAAAGCAUUAAGAUCAAAAUGGAGAUGAUGAGAUCAAAGAUGGUCUUGAAAGGAGUGAGGCUGGUUGUCAAACAUUGUGGAAUAAUCAGUAUCUUUAACAUGUAUGCAGAUUGCUAGCAGGUCUAUAUAGUAUGCCAUCUUAUUCUGUUUAACCACAUUUCUGAUCUGAUACUCUACAUAGUGGACUAUUGUUACUUAAUGUCUGUCUAGACUGGCAAACAGUAGUAGUAGUAAUAUACUAGAUAUAAUUUUCGUCUUCCAAUGGCUUUUUGACUAGAUAUUGCUUAUACUGAGGUUAUCAGGUCAGCAUUGUUAGCUUACAUUAAGACACCAUUGCAUUAGAAAUAUGAUAAAUGCAUUAGUGAGGUGUAAGUGUGGCUUUACUGUAUGGUGGGAAUCAGCUUACUUAUAACCAACAAUAUGCAUGAUGUUGUGUUUCUAAUCUACAGUCUGAGGUGCUGCAGAAUAUUGUCUUAGGUAUUGAGAAAUCCCUUAUAUACAUAAACUAGAGCAACCUUCAUUAACUAAACCAGAUGUGAUAUCUUGCAUUACUCAAAACUUA